ACGUAUCGUCCAGGGUCAGAGGGGUCCUUGAUGUCUGUGGACUUUAGACACACCAUCACAGUGUGCACAUGCAGAUUUUUUUUAGACUUCACUAAAGGUUAGAGGAAUAGAUCGAGCAGCAGCUCACAUUGAGCCGAAGUGUCUCCAGGUGCUCCAUUACCUAAAAGAGAACCACAAUUUGGCAUCUCAGUGGCUGUUUAGAUGGUUUUAGGUUAUUUUUUACCACAUAAUUGUAAUUCAGGCCCAUUACAUCUUUGCAUUUGCAGCUCCAGUUGACGGAUAAAAAACGAUUUAUAAGAGUUUGUGAGAUGCGACUGUCCAGAUCUUUGUCAAUAACAUCAUUAAGUGGACUUCCACAAUGGGAAGAGGAAAGUCUACCUGUGGAAGAUCUCCUGCUCUUUGAGGUCGCCUGGGAAGUAACUAAUAAGGUGGGGGGUAUAUAUACUGUUAUUCAGACUAAAGCAAAGAUCACAGUGGAUGAAUGGGGUGAGAACUACUUUAUGAUGGGACCCUACUACGAACACAACUUCAAGACCCAGGUGGAGAAAUGUGAACCUCCAAGCCAAGCCAUCAAAGCCGCCAUGGACUCCUUGAGUAACAACGGUUGCCAGGUUCACUUUGGCCGCUGGUUGAUUGAGGGCAGCCCGUACGUCAUCCUCUUUGAUAUUGGGGCAGCUGCCUGGAACCUGGACCGCUGGAAGGGGGAUCUGUGGGACACAUGCAGCAUCGGGCUGCCCUAUCACGACAGGGAGGCCAACGACUCGCUCAUCUUUGGUUCUCUUGUGGCCUGGUUCUUCAAGGAGUUAACAGACCAACUUCAGGACAAUCCCAACGUAAUCGCUCAUUUCCACGAAUGGCAGGCUGGGACAGGACUUGUACUGAGCCGCUCCCGCAAGAUUCCCAUGGCCACCAUUUUUACCACACACGCCACCCUACUGGGGCGGUACUUGUGCGCUGGAAAUGCAGACUUCUACAACAACCUGGACAAGUUUAACGUAGACCAAGAGGCAGGAGAGAGGCAGAUCUACCAUCGCUACUGUUUGGAGAGGGCUGCUGUACACUCCGCGCAUGUCUUCACCACCGUGUCCCAGAUUACAGCUGUGGAGGCCAAUCACAUGCUCCAUAGACAGCCAGAUGUGGUCACCCCAAACGGCCUGAAUGUUAGGAAGUUCUCAGCCAUGCAUGAGUUCCAGAACCUGCACUCCAUGAACAAAUCCAAGAUCCAGGAGUUUGUAAGAGGUCACUUCUAUGGCUAUCUGGACUUCAAUCUGGAAAAGACCCUGUUCUUUUUCAUCGCAGGACGAUAUGAGUUUUCAAAUAAAGGAGCGGACCUGUUCCUCGAAUCUCUGUCCAGAUUAAACUACUUGCUAAGGGUUCAUAAGAGUGAUGUUACAGUGGUUGUGUUCUUUAUCAUGCCUGCCAAAACCAACAACUUCAAUGUGGAGUCUCUUAAAGGACAGGCUGUACGCAAGCAAAUGUGGGACACAGCUCAGUCGGUGAAGGAGAAGUUUGGCAAAAAGCUUUACGAGGGCUUGUUAAGGGGUGAGAUCCCAGACAUGAGCAAAAUCCUGGACAGAGAUGAUUUCACAAUCAUGAAGAGGGCCAUUUAUGCAACACAGAGACACUCUCUCCCUCCAGUAACAACUCACAACAUGCUGGAUGACUCCACAGACCCCAUCCUGAGCAACAUCCGCCGAAUCGGCCUCUUCAAUGGACGCAAUGACAGAGUGAAGAUUGUGUUCCAUCCGGAGUUCCUGUCCUCCACCAGUCCCCUGCUGCCCAUGGACUAUGAGGAGUUUGUGCGCGGCUGCCACCUGGGAGUGUUUCCAUCCUACUAUGAACCAUGGGGCUACACGCCAGGUGAGUGUACUGUAAUGGGAAUUCCCAGCGUAACCACCAAUCUAUCUGGGUUUGGCUGUUUCAUGGAGGAACAGGUCUCCGACCCGUCUGAAUAUGGAAUCUACAUUGUGGACCGGCGAUUCCGUUCUGCAGACGAGUCGUGUAACCAGCUGACUCAGUUCAUGUUUUCAUUCUGCCAAAAGUCGCGCAGACAGCGAAUAAUCCAACGCAACCGAACUGAGAGACUCUCUGACCUGCUGGACUGGCGAUACCUCGGACGGUUCUACAUGCAAGCCAGGCAUCUGGCCCUCAGCAGAUCCUUCCCUGCUAAAUUCAAAAUGGACCAUCUCAACCUCGCACCGACACAAGGUUUCCGUUACCCGCGACCCUUAUCCGUCCCUCCAUCCCCGUCAGCUUCCCUCCACUCCACCCCUCACCACAGCGAUGAGGAAGAUGACGACACCUAUGAUGAAGACGAGGAGGCCGAGAGGGACAGGCAGAACAUCAAGGCUCCUUUCACUCUGGGUGCGGAGCCUGAGGGUAAGCUGGAAAAUGGGAAUUAAGAUCCGCACCCUCCUGCUCCUGUAGCUCAGGCAUAUUUACACCUGCGACCCUUUGAGAAUGUGCUACAGCCUUUACAUGGAUUAUUGAUAUCACCAAAGUAUGAAC